CCGGAGGGCUUGAUUUCUCUCUUUCUUUGUCGGUGGAUUGUAUUGAACCGGAUUCCGGCAUGAACCCUGCAGAAGCGGCCGAGGAGGCGCCCAGCGACCCCGACACUGAUGCCUUCUACAAAACAGGGUCGCUGAGGACUGAAGGCAUCAAGGCGUCGGAAGUUCUUCCUGUGUUAAAGGAGAAAGUUGCCUUCGUGUCAGGUGGGCGGGAUAAAAGAGGAGGACCAAUCUUGACAUUUCCUGCUAGGAGCAACCACGACAGAAUAAAACAGGAGGACCUGAGGAGGCUGGUAACCUACCUGUCUACUGUUCCCAGUGAGGAUGUAUGUAAGCGCGGUUUCACCGUCAUCAUCGACAUGCGGGGCUCAAAGUGGGAGCUGAUCAAGCCUCUGCUGAAGACGCUCCAGGAGUUUUUCCCAGCUGAGAUCUGCGUGGCGCUCAUCAUCAAACCAGACAACUUCUGGCAGAAGCAGAAGACAAACUUCGGCAGUGCGAAGUUCUCCUUUGAGACCAGCAUGGUGUCAGUUGAAGGUCUGGCCAAACUGGUGGAUCCCUCCCAACUGACGGACGACUUCGAAGGCUCACUGGAUUACAAUCAUGAGGAGUGGAUGGACCUGAGAGUCUCUCUGGAGGAGUUCAUGUCCAACGCCGUUCACCUAUUGUCCAGGCUGGAGGAUCUGCAGGAACUUCUUUCCAAAAAGGAGUUUCCUGCGGAUGUGGAAGGAUCUCGUCGGUUGAUAGAGGAGCACACGCAGCUGAAGAAAAAGGUGCUGAGGGCUCCGGUUGAGGAGUUGGAUCGGGAAGGCCAGAGGUUGCUGCAGUGUAUACGAUCUAGUGAUGGUUUUUCAGGGAGGAACUGCAUCUCAGGCUCAGCUGACUUCCAGAGCUUGGUACCCAAAGUGGCCAGUCUGCUGGAUAAGCUCCACUCCACGAGGCAGCAUCUCCACCAGAUGUGGCAUGUCAGGAAGCUGAAGCUGGACCAGUGCUUCCAGCUCCGACUCUUUGAACAGGACGCAGAGAAGAUGUUUGACUGGAUCAGCCACAACAAGGAAGUGUUCCUGCAGAGUCACACAGAGAUUGGCCGAAGUUACCAACAUGCUGUGGAGCUGCAGACCCAACACAACCACUUCGCCAUGAACUCCAUGAAUGCCUACGUCAACAUCAACAGAAUCAUGUCAGUGGCGAGCCGCCUGGCGGAGGCCGGCCACUACGCCUCCACGCAAAUAAAACAGAUCUCAGGUCAGCUGGAUCAGGACUGGAAAAGUUUCGCUGCUGCUCUCGACGAGCGCUCCACCAUCCUCGCCAUGUCGUCUGUCUUUCACCAGAAGGCUGAACAGUUCCUCUCGGAGGUGGAGGCUUGGUGUAAAGUCUGCAGUGAGGGAGGGUUACCGUCUGAGAUGCAGGAGCUGGAGCUCGCCAUCCACCGCCACCAGAGCCUGUAUGAGCAGGUCACCCAGGCUUACACAGAGGUGAGUCAGGAUGGUAAAGCCCUAUUGGACGUCCUCCAGAGGCCUCUGAGUCCCGGCAACUCUGAAUCGCUGACAGCCACUGCCAAUUACUCCAAAGCGGUUCACUGCAUCCUGGACGUGGUUCACGAGGUUCUUCACCAUCAGCGACGUCUUGAGAACAUUUGGCAGCAUCGAAAGGUCCGACUGCACCAGAGACUGCAGCUGUGUGUGUUCCAGCAAGAUGUCCAGCAGGUGAUGGACUGGAUAGAAAACCAUGGCGAGGCCUUCCUCAGCAAACACACUGGUGUUGGGAAAUCCCUUCACAGAGCCCGAGCCCUGCAGAAAAGACAUGACGACUUUGAAGAUGUGGCUCAGAACACAUACACUAAUGCAGACAAGCUGCUGGAGGCAGCCGAGCAGCUGGCUCAGACUGGGGAGUGCGACCCCGAGGAGAUCUACAAGGCAGCCAGACACCUGGAAGUGCGAAUCCAGGACUUCGUCCGCCGAGUCGAACACAGGAAGCUGCUGCUGGACAUGUCUGUCUCCUUCCACACACACACGAAGGAGCUGUGGUCAUGGAUGGAGGAACUGCAGAAGCAGCUAUUGGACGACGUGUGCUGCGACUCGGUGGAUUCGGUUCAGACUCUGAUCCAGCAGUUUCAGCAGCAGCAGACGGCCACACUGGAGGCAACGCUCAAUGUGAUUAAAGAGGGAGAGGAAUUAAUACAGCAGCUCAGAGAUGCAGCCAUGUCAACCAGUAAGACGCCCCAUUGCAGUUCCAUUGCACACAUCCAGGGGGUGCUCCAGCAGCUGGACGAGGCCCAGGGCCAGAUGGAAGAGCUGUUCCACGAACGCAAAAUCAAGCUGGACAUCUUUCUCCAGCUACGCAUAUUUGAGCAGUAUACGAUAGAGGUCACAGCAGAGUUGGACGCCUGGAACGAGGACCUGUCUCGUCAGUUGAAUGACACCAGCCGCUCAGGCGGGAGCAGCGGCAGUAGCAGCGGGGGAGGUGGCGCCUCCUCUGGCAGCGGAGAGGACAUCGGCCUGGCGGAGCAACGGCUGAAAAGACACGCAGAGAGGAAGGCAGCCAUGAACAACAUGACCUACGAAGUGAUGCAGCAGGGUCAAGACCUGCACCAGUACAUCAUGGAGGUCCAGGCUUCAGGGAUCGAGCUGACGGGGGAGAAGGACAUGGACUUGGCCUCUCAGGUCCAGGAGCUGUUGGAGUUCCUCCACGAGAAGCAGCAGGAGGUGGAGCUCAAUGCGCAACACACGCACACGCGGCUGGAGCAGAGCCUGCAGCUACGUCACCUACAGGCCGAGGUUAAACAGGUGUUGGGCUGGAUUCGUAAUGGUGAGUCCAUGCUGAAUGCCAGCAUGGUGAAUGCCAGCUCUCUGUCUGAGGCUGAGCAGCUGCAGAGGGAACAUGAACAGUUCCAGAUGGCUAUAGAGUCUCUCUUCCAUGCUAACUCUCUCCAGAAGACCCAUCAGAGUGCCCUGCAGGUCCAGCAAAAAGCUGAGAUGGUGCUACAGGCAGGACACUAUGAUCCAGAGGCAAUUCGAAGCUGUGCAGAGAAAGUGGCCGUUCACUGGCAGCAGUUGAUGCUGAAGAUGGAGGACCGCCUGAAGCUCGUCAAUGCCUCCGUGGCCUUCUACAAGACGUCUGAACAGGUGUGCAGUGUGUUAGAGAGCCUGGAGCAGGAGUAUCGACGGGAUGAAGACUGGUGUGGCAGCCAUGAUAAACUGGGAAUGUCGGCCGACAGCGACCACCUUCUACCUCUGAUCAGUAAACACCUGGAGCAGAAAGAGGCCUUCCUCAAGGCAUGCACUCUGGCCCGUAGGAACGCUGAGGUGUUUCUCAAGUACAUCCACAGGAACAACGUGAGCAUGCCUGGAGCUGCCAGUCAUGCCAGAGGGCCUGAACAGCAAGUUAAAGCCAUUCUGAAUGAGCUGCUGCAGAGAGAAAACAGAGUCCUUCACUUCUGGACAUUGAAGAAACGAAGGCUGGAUCAGUGUCAGCAGUACCUGGUGUUUGAGCGCAGUGCCAAACAGGCAUUGGAUUGGAUUCAAGAGACAGGUGAAGUUUACCUGGCCACACACACAUCACCUGGUGACAGCAGCGAGGAAACACAGCAGCUCCUCAACGAUUACCAUCACUUCAGACUUACUGCCAAGCAAACCAAGGAGAAGGUGAAGCUGCUGAUCCAGCUGGCAGACAACCUGGUGGAGAAAGGCCAUGCCCACGUGUCAGAGCUGAAGCGCUGGGUCAGCACGGUGGACCGCAGAUACAGAGACUUCUCCCUGCGCAUGGCCAAAUACCAGGAGAGCCUGGAAAGGAGCCUGGGGGUCAGCUCUGAGGACAAUAAAGACUUGGAGUUGGACAUUAUCCCCGCCAGCCUGACGGACGAUCCCGAGGUCAAACUGCGUGACCCCAACCACGAGGUCAAUGAGGAAAAGAGGAAGUCUGCCAGGAAGAAAGAGUUUAUUAUGGCAGAGCUGCUGCAGACAGAGAAGACCUAUGUCAGAGAUCUCCAUGAGUGUCUCGAGACCUACCUGUGGGAGAUGACCAGCGGCGUGGAGGAGAUUCCUCCAGGUAUCGCCAACAAGGAGCAUAUCAUCUUCGGCAACAUGCAGGACAUCUACGACUUCCACAACAACACUUUCCUGAAGGAGCUGGUGAACUAUGAGCAGCUACCAGAAGAUGUUGGUCACUGCUUCGUCACAUGGGCUGAUAAAUUCCACAUUUAUGUCGAUUACUGUAAGAAUAAACCAGACUCCAGUCAGCUCAUACUGGAGCAUGCCGGCACCUUCUUUGACGACAUUCAGCAGAGACGUGGACUGGCUAACUCCAUCUCCUCCUACCUCAUCAAACCAGUCCAGAGGAUCACCAAGUAUCAACUACUGCUUAAGGAGUUACUGUCCUGUUGUGAGGAGGGUAAAGGAGAGAUUAAAGAUGGUUUGGAGGUGAUGCUCAGUGUUCCCAAGAGAGCGAAUGAUGCUAUGCAUCUCGCCAUGUUGGAGGGGUUUGAGGAAAACCUGGAGGUGCAGGGCGAGCUGAUCCUGCAGGACAGUUUUCAGGUUUGGGAUCCACGCUCGCUGAUCAGGAAGGGGCGGGACAGACACCUCUUCCUGUUUGAGUUCUCACUGGUCUUCAGCAAGGAGAUCAAAGACUCAGCCGGCAGGACCAAGUACCAAUACAAGAACAGACUACUGACGUCAGAGUUGGGCGUGACUGAGCACAUUGAGGGCGAUCCAUGUAAAUUUGCUCUGUGGGCAGGAAGAACCCCGUCCUCUGAUAAUAAAACUGUGCUAAAGGCGUCCAGUAUGGAGGCUAAACAGGAGUGGAUUAAAAACAUCAGGGAGGUGAUUCAAGAGAGGAUGACUCAUCUGAAGGGGGCACUCAAGGAGCCUCUUCAUCUGCCUAAAACACCUGCACUGACCAAACCCAGGAAUAACGCCAAGAGGGAGGGAGAAGAUGGAGACAGUCAAGGAGAUGGCAGCAGCCAACCGGAUACCAUCUCCAUUGCCUCCAGGACGUCCCAGAACACUGUAGACAGCGACAAGCUCUCUGGUGGUUGUGAGCUGACAGUCGUCCUUCAGGACUUCACGGCAGGAUGCAGCACAGAGAUGUCUGUCAGCACUGGCCAGACGGUGGAGCUGCUGGAGCGGCCGAGUGAGCGGCCUGGUUGGUGCCUGGUCCGAACCACCGACCGCAGCCCGCCACAGGAGGGACUGGUCCCCAGCUCCACACUCUGCGUGUCCCACUCGCGUUCCAGUGUGGAGAUGGACUGCUUCUUCGGCUCGGGGAAAGAAAACUAUCCUGUUAGCGGCUCUGAUGGAAAGACAGAGUCAGUGGCGAACCUUCAGCCGCAGCCAUCCCUCAGCUCGCUGCAGUCCAGCUCUCCUGGUCCAAAACGCUCUGGAAACACUCUGAGAAAGUGGCUGACAAGUCCAGUCCGUCGCCUCAGCCACGGCAGCUCCGUCAAGAAGCUCCCCAACAACAAACAGAAGAAGACUGGACCAGGAGCAGGAAGAGAGGAAAGCAGGAAGAGUAUUGACCUGGGACAGCCUGACCUUGCCUUGCAGGAUGACAUCAUCGAUGAGAGAGUCCUCAGUAAGGAUGGAAACCUCCUCUCAAAGACGUCCUCUGGGAUGCAGAGCGGUGGCGAGGAGGAGCAGGACGAGGAGGCUCACACCCCUCUGCCUCCCCCCAUGGAGAUCAUCAAGGACCCCUCGGCUCAGGACGACAAGUCUUCGUCCUUGCUAACGUCUCUGCAGUCGUCCUCUGAGGUGCCCAGCGCUGCAGAGCUGGUUAGCGCCAUAGAAAAGCUGGUUAAAACCAAGAUGACUCUGGAACCAGGAGCGUACCCCGGCUUCUCCUCCCUCUCCCCACCAGAGCAAACCACUCCCGUCCAGCCACGAAACCCUGAGCUGGAGCAGCGAGCCAAAGCUAUGAGAGGACGCAUGUUUGUUCUGAACGAGCUGAUUCAGACGGAGAAGGACUACGUCAAAGACCUGGGCAUCGUGGUGGAGGGCUUCAUGAAGAGGAUCGAGGACAAGGGCAUCCCUGACGACAUGAAAGGAAAAGACAAAAUCGUCUUCGGGAACAUCCACCAGAUCUACGACUGGCACAGAGAAUUCUUCGUAGGAGAGCUGGAGAAAUGUCUUGAAGACCAUGAACACCUUCCUGAGCUCUUCAUCAAACACGAGAGAAGACUCCACAUGUACGUGGUUUAUUGUCAGAAUAAGCCGAAGUCAGAGUUCAUCGUAGCAGAAUAUGACACAUAUUUUGAUGGAAUCCAGCAGGACAUCCAGUCCAGGUUGACCAUCAGCGACUUCCUCAUCAAACCAAUCCAGAGAAUCACCAAAUACCAGCUGCUACUGAAGGACUUCCUGAAGUUCAGCUCCAAGGCAGGCAUGGACUGCGAACAGAUAGAGAAAGCAGUAGAUUUGAUGUCUCAGGUCCCUAAACUGUGUAAUGACAUGAUGAACUUGGGUCGGCUGCAGGGAUACGAGGGUAAGCUGACCUGUCAGGGCAAGCUGCUGCAGCAGGAAACCUUUUUCGUAACAGAGCAGGACGCUGGCGUGCUGUCGCGCUCCAAAGAGCGACGAGUUUUCCUCUUUGAGCAGAUCGUCAUCUUCAGCGAGCUGCUCAGGAAAGGAUCGUCCACACCCGGAUACCAGUUCAAGAAGAGCAUCAAGGUGUCCUUCCUGGGUCUGGAGGACAGUGUGGAUAACGAUCCCUGUAAGUUCGUCCUGUCGUGUCGCGGCUCGUCAGAGCGUUUCACCCUGCAGGCCGCCAACGUCGACAUCAAGCAGGUCUGGGUCCGACACAUUCAGGAAGUGCUUGAUGCUCAGAGCAACUUCCUGUCUGCUCUCCAGUCUCCCAUUGAGUACCAGAAGGAGAAGAGCGGAGCCGGCAGCAGCUCCUCUCUGAGCAGAAACCGCUCGUCCUCGGGGAACCGGCCCACCAUGUCCUCCCACAGCCGUCCGUCCUCAGCGGUCGGGCUCGGGGACAAGGAGACGGAGAGGGGGAGGAGCCAGAUGAAAGUGUCUACCUCCAACGGCGGUUCAUCGUGUUUCGACUCCAGGGAAAGCGAAGGCGGCUGCAACGGCGUCUCCUCCACCAUGUCGGUCACUCAGGACUACUCCGCGCUCAAAGAGAACGAGAUCUGCGUCAGUCAGGGAGAGACCGUCCAAAUCCUGGCCACCAAUCAGCAGAACAUGUACCUUGUUUAUCGGCCGGCCAACGUCCAAUCGCCCGCCGCAGAGGGCUGGGUGCCGGGACACAUCUUGGGCCCGCCCACAAAGUCCAUAAAAGACUCUUCUUCUACUUCCUCCUUCUCAGCGGCGGUGGCCGAUGCCAACAACAUCAAGAAGUCUCUGUCAUGGAAUACACUGCGUGCCAGGAAGCGCGCUGAAGCCAAGGACGUCUCCGCGGUGGGGCUCAGGGGUCAGGAGAACGGCCUCCUCCGUAAGCCCAAAGAAACCACGCCCCCUCCCCCGCUCGACUCCCCUGCCACCAGGGCGAAGGGCAAAGAGGUUCACACUUCUGAUGAGUCAGACUGUGACGAUGACCUUGACCUGAAGACAGGCAUGGAGCUUCUCAACCCAAACUUCAUCCAGGAAGUGGCUCCAGAGUUCCUCGUCCCUCUGUCAGACGUGGUGUGUGCUUUCGGGGAGACUGUCGUCCUCUGCUGCAAAGUCUGCGGGCGACCCAAACCCUCCGUCACCCUGAAAGGCCCCGACCAGAGCCCCGUCACCAGCAACAGCCGCUUCACCAUAGACAUCAGGGACACAGGUGACAUCUUGUUAAAGAUCUGUAAUCUGAUGCCUCAGGAUACAGGGAUCUACACCUGUGUUGCCGUUAACGACCACGGCUCUGCCUCCUCCUCUGCCUCCAUCAAAGUGCAAGGUAUCCCAGCAGCCCCCGGGAGACCGGUGGCCCAGGAGGCCAGCAGCACGGCGGUGAUGGUGCACUGGCCGCCUCCAGCUUCAUCCGCUCAUUGUGCUGUCAGCAGCUACACUGUGGAGUACAGGCAGGAAGACUCGUUGCUAUGGCAGCAGGUGGCCAGCAGCAGAGAGGAGUGUGUUCAAAUCGACACGCUGAUCCCUGGAGGUCACUAUCAGUUCAGGGUGCGGGCCUCCAACCGCUGGGGGGUCGGCCCGCCAUCCGAGGCCUCAAAUAUGGUCACGUUGCCCAGCAGCAACUCUGGGUAUGAUGGAACAGGGAUCCAGUGGAAAGAAAACUUCGAGUCGACCUUCUCUGAGAUCUGUGAGAUUGGAAGGGGGCGAUUUUCAGUGGUGAGAAAAUGUCUCAACAAGUCAACGAAGAAAGAGGUCGCGGUGAAGUUUGUGAGCAAGAAGAUGCAGAAGAAGGAGCAGGUGGCUCAUGAGGCGGAUGUCCUGCUGCACGUUCAGAAUCACCAGCUGGUGGCGCUGUUGGACACAUAUGAGUCUCCCACCUCUCUGAUGCUGAUCCUGGAGCUGCUGGAGGAUGGCCGUUUGCUCGACUACCUCGUCGCUCACGAUGAGCUGAUGGAGGAGAAGGUGGCGUUCUUCAUCAGAGAAACAUUGGAGGCCCUGCAGCACCUUCAUACCUGCAGAGUAGCACACCUGGAUCUGAAGCCUGAGAACAUCAUGGUCGACCUACACUCUCCCACCCCCUGCAUCAAGCUCAUCGACCUCGGCGACGCCGUCCAGCUGUCUGCUCACCGCCGGUACGUCCACCUCUUGCUUGGAAACCCAGAGUUUGCUGCCCCCGAGCUCAUCCGCGGGACGCCAGUCUCUGUCGCAACAGACGUGUGGAGCGUCGGCGUGCUGGCUUACGUGAUGCUCAGCGGGGUCUCCCCAUUUCUGGACGAGUCACCGGAGGAAACCUGCGUCAACAUCUGCCGCCUGGACUUCUGCUUCCCGGACGAAUACUUCCGAGAUGUGAGCCAGGCGGCGAGGGAUUUUGUGUCCUCGGUGCUGCAGCAGGAUCCCAGGAAGAGGCCGAGCGCUACUUCCUGUCUGCAGCACCCGUGGGUGGGCCGCGGGGGUGCCCAUGGUGGGGAGUACUCCAAGAUGCCCCUGGACACAACACGGUUGGCCACAUUCAUCGACCGAAGGAGGCAGCUGCAUGAUGUCCGGCCCAUCACCAAUAUCAAAGGGCUGGUGAGCAGCAGUAUGGGCAACACACUGUGACGGAGCGGAGGUCUGAGUGUCCAAUAACGAUCCACCUGCGACCACCAGGGCACCCACAGC